CAUAACAUACAUUGUCAGAAAGUUGAAUUGUCAUCUGUAUACGUAAAAUAAAGAAAUAUCACAAGAAAUAUAAAAAAACCCAGUAUCUAAUAUCGACGGAGUUGGGAGGACUUUAUAAUAUACUGUUCUAAGGUAUAUGAAAUGUGUUAAGAGCAUUGUUUGUAGUGCAACGUGGUAUUUAAUUAAUUUUGUUCUGUGAUAUAUAAACACAAGAUGAGUGAAGCAGAGCCCACUUUAGUCGACAAGUCGGAGAGUAGUUCCUUUGAAGAUUUAGCUUCGGCGGCAGCUCAUGAAAUCGAAGAAGCUAAAUUAGCAGAAGCGGCUGAAAGAGAAAAACAAAAGGGACCUGUUGAAAAGAGUGAUGAAUGGCAGGAUCUUUUGGGUUCUGGAACCAUCCUUAAAAAGAUUAUAAAACAAGGUGAUGAAUCAGAAGAUUUAAGGCCUCAAAGGAAUGAUAUAUGUACAAUUAGUUAUGAAGUUAAAUUACGGGAUGGUAACAAAGAAACAGUGGAAAAGAGGGACCAAGUUAAAAUUUAUCUGGGUGAUAAUGAGGUACUUCAAGGGCUAGACUUGGCUUUAACCCUGAUGUAUAAAGGUGAAGUAUGCCUCCUACAAAUUGCGCCAAGGUUCGCAUAUGGGGAGACAGGAUUAAAUCCUGGAGACAGUUUGGGUGUGGUCGGAGAACUAGCUAGCCCGAAAUAUGAGGGACCCCCCAUUGAGUCGGAUACUUGUUUAGAAGUUAAAUUAGAGCUGCAUGAUUGGACGGAGGAGCCUGAUCAUGAUACGCUACCGAUCGCUGAGAGAAUGCAAAUUGGAAUCCGGCGGCGUUGCCGUGGCAACUGGUGGUACACGCGCGGGGAAGCUCAGCUAGCGGUACAAUUGUACCGGCGUGCGUUGGACGUGCUAGAUGAAAGCGAGGGUGGUAUCACCGAUCCCACGGCUAGUGGGGAACUUACACCGACUCCGGAUGACCUCAUGGCAUUGCUGGAGGAACGGCUUCGGGUCCAUAAUAACAUGGCAGCCGCGCAGUUGAAGGCCGGCGCGUAUGAGGCCGCUUUGCAGGCCGUGACUCGCGUACUCACCUGCCAGCCGAACAACGCAAAGGCACUCUACCGCAAAUCGCGCAUCCUCACCGCAAUGGGCCGCAACAGCGAAGCGCUGACCGCAGCGCGCGCCGCAGCGGCAGCGGCGCCGCGCGACGCAGCGGUGCGGCGCGAGCUGGCGGCGCGCGAGGGGCAGGCGCAGAGGGACCGCUCGGUGGAGCGCAGCCUCGCUAAACGCAUGCUCGCUACGGGCGGUAAGCCGUCGCCGGACAAGCGGCCGUCGAGGGCACGGAUGCUAGUAUGGAGCUCGCUGCUGCUCAGCAUACUGAUGGGCGUGGCCAGCGUGCUCGUGUACCGCUACAAGUACCAGGCGCAGUGACAUCUCUGCCCUGCGACUGAGGCGUAACUUAAUGAAUGGGGGUGGCAUGUAGCUGAUUAAAAUUCUUACUUCCACAUUUUCAUAAAGCUAAGCUUUGACAUAGAAAGAUCAAAACAAGAGAUAUCAGCAUUAAAGAAGCUGGAGGCGUUGAAGAUUGACAAAAUAUCAGUUUAAUUAUUUUAUAGGAAAAUAAUAGUAUAUAAGCUGAUUAUUUUUUCUAUUCAUUCCUCUCUGAUUUAGCAAAUGGAAUCGUUACAACGGGCUUUGUAACGAUUUUUAGUUUAUACAUUUUAAACCACAAGAUAUAUCAAAGUUUACAUAUUGUAUGAUAUUCAAAGUUUUAGUUGUUAGCUAGUGCCAAAAUCAUAAUAUCGUAAAAUAAUAUGUAUUUAUUAAAUGUAAGUAAAAGAAUUACCUUUCACAUCGCUUAAGACGACCUAUGUAAAGUCACUUCUGGUACAUAUUAAUAUUUAAUAUCAUGUUAAAUAGUAAAUACGUAAUACACUGUAAAAAUAUUUUUUGAAACUUUAUAGUUUAAGGCUUAAACUUUGAACGCAUUCCAAAAUAAAUGUACGAUUUCAUACUUGAAUGUAUUUUUUUAUGGUGCUUUAUUUUUUAACCGCAUCAGGCACUUGUAUUAGCAUUUCCAGAUAAAUAUAGUGGUAUAUUUUAUAGUACGAAUGUACGAACAAAUUAUUACUUAAUCUGUGUUGGAUUCUUUAUAAUUAGGUCACUCGACGAAUUAUUAUUUGGAUAUUGGUUUGGUGUAGUUAUAAUAUUAAAUAGUGGUAAAAUAGACCGGUGGUACUGAAUAAUUAAAUUGUUGAAAAUUA